AGUAGUGUCACCGUGCCCACGACAAAAACCUUCCAAGUGGCGUGUAGCACUAUUUAAAGAUUGCCACCCUGUACUUUCGGAGACGGAUGAAACAAUACUACAUCCGGGUAGGGAGUACUGAGUAGUAUGUUCAGGUCACUCUCAGGUUGGUGUCGGAGAGGUCCACGAGCGCAAAGGUGGUUUGUUGGGAAGGGCGGCUGCAGGGACCACCCCUCAGCCUGUGCUUCUGCCACCCUACGGAUAAUUGACAACCUUGAAGUGAUCGAUGGGGCCAGCAAGCAAGGCAUCAUCAACGCUUUCUGCACGGCGGGCCGUGGGGACAGUCUGUGGGCACUGGGCAGGAUGGCGCACUGCUCGAUAAUUGAGAUCGCAAUUGUCAACCCUCGCGCUGUAGGGCGGGCGGGAAUUACGGCUACCUAUCAGCGGCAGCCUGCCUCCGAUCACCCUGAUAACUCCAGCCACCAUGCCACCGUGUCUGUCAUUUCUCGCAGAAUUGGACGUCCAGACCACAGAUCGGCGACCGUCGACGUGCCGGGCGACCUGCAUCAACAGUCUAAUUGCAGCAUUUGGUAUCACGGACUUGCCGGCGAAUUAUCCUCAGACCUUCUUCGCUGCAUCCCCACUGCACCAGGCGAUGUAGUCGUUAUCUCGCAUCGCAAUUCCAGGACGCAAUCCUCCCUCAUGGGAGGAUCGGCAAGGCUCAGCCGCAGCACGGCUCCACAUUUUGCGCAACACUCUGUAUGACAGAAGAUUAAGAAGUGUAAGAAGUUAAGAUGUUGGAGACUGAGUGACAAAGUGUGGUCGCGAUACGACGUACCGUACUGUACAUACUGCUAGAGACUCAGAGUCAGUUUCUCUCGCUCCAGCACUAGUGGAGAAUUGUGCAUACACUUAUGCACGUCCUACCGGUUUAGCGCCUGCGGUAGCACCAGGAACGGUUUAGACACCCGUCUGGUCAGGGAGGAUCCCUGCCAGGCUAGGAUCCAGUGGCUGGGGUAACCACCAUCCACAUUGCUUUGCGCGGCCCGUCAUUUGGCAGU